UCAACCACAAUGAAAUUCCUGAUUGUUUUCACCGCCAUCGUAGCCGUCGCCCUGGCCGCCUCGGCUGAUGAAAAAAGCGCCUCCGUUGUCAAGUUCGAAAACGACCACAAGGGCGUCGACGGAUACAACAUAGCCUACGAAACCAGCAACGGAAUCGCCGCAGCCGAACAGGCCCUGCUGAAGACCUUCGGUGAUGAUGCUGCCGCCAUCGUGGUCAAGGGAAACUAUAAGUACACCGGUGCCGACGGUGUCGUUUACUCCGUUAACUACGUUGCCGAUGAGAACGGAUUCCAGCCGGAAGCUGCCCAUUUGCCUCGUGCCUAG